UGAGUGUGGAAUGGAGUGAGGCCGUCGUCAGUUGUGGUGGAACUGCGUCUCAGUAUGUGUUGACCCUGACUCCACCCACCUCUGAUUGCCAGUCAUCUGGAGACUGUAUGGUCAUGGAUGGUAGUUCAGUCAUCACCACACCUGGUACUCAGACCCAGUACAGUCUCACUGUGACUAGUCAGGACUAUGACAUCACUGUCAGAGCUGAUACAUGUGGUGGAUCACUGACUGGAGACACCAGCUCCCUAUACAAUAUUAACUUAGGACAGAACACUUGACACUCGAUGCAGUGCUCUCUACAUGUAUAGUCCAGUUGAUGGGUCACUGAGAGCCAUUGAAGUCAAUUGGACACCAAUACCGCGGAACAAUCCAGGAGGGCCAGAGUACACAGUGGUGAUAGAUGAUGGUGUGGGGUCUAGAGUGAGGGAGAGAGUGGGAGCUGUCAACUGUAGCUCCACUCAAUGCAGCCACACCUACUACCCAGCAGCCGGCAGUAGAGGGGAGUUUGGAGUGUCUGUGGAGACUGCUGGCUGUGUGACUAGACAGACAGUGUGUCUGGAGAGACCAGUCUAUUGUUCAUUGAGGGACUUGUCUCCCUCUCUGGUUGAGGAGAACAGAGUGUGUGGGUCAGUGAGUGGUGGUGGGGUGUGUUACAGUGGAGACAGUGUAGGAUCAGUGGCAGUCUACUUCUGUGAUGAUGGCUAUAGUCUAGAGGGAGACACUACCAGAGAAUGAAGUGCCUCAGCUCCGCAGUCACCUACUGUCAACAUAGCUGAGUUUAACAAUGAUGGCUGUACUCUGGAUGUGAGCUGGAGUGAACCUGUCAUCAGUUGUGGUGGCACUGUGUCUCAGUAUGUGUUGACCCUGACUCCACCCACCUCUGAUUGCCAGUCAUCUGGAGACUGUAUGGUCAUGGAUGGUAGUUCAGUCAUCACCACACCUGGUACUCAGACCCAGUACACUUUCAAUGUCGAUAUCAGUCAGAGUGACAUCACUGUCAGAGCUGACACCUGUAAUAACACAUUAACUGGAGAGAAUGCAACGAACACAGUGAAUUUAAGAGUUUGUGAUCCAAAUGAUUUGCGGAUAUCUAACGUUGGUUGGAGUGAAACUCCUAUGUUUCAAGGGGGUCUGGGUAUCUACUCAUUCUCUGGAGGGAAUGUGACAUUUGAUGGAGUGUCUCUGGGAUCUACUGCUACCUACACCACCAAUGAACGUUACCUUGUUAAUGGAAGUCAAACAUUCACGAGCAGAUGUGGAAAUGAUAACUGGGUUCUUCCAUCACAAGGGAUUGUUGCAGGUAAUUUUGUUUGCAGAAUGAUCUACUGUCAUGUAACAAUCCAACUGCUGCCACUGCUAGAUAACAUGCUGUGUUGUAAUCGCAAUAGUUUAUGUUCGACAUACACUGGGCUUGCCAAUGGCAGUACUGCUACCUACACUACUUCUCAAGAGUACUGUAUCGUGAGUGAUUCACCACUACCAGUAGUCAGAACAUGUGUUGACAUGUCAUGGAGUGGAGAGAUACCCACUAUAAUGGAAGCCUCUCAGCCAGGAAAGUUGAGUACUUCAAACGUUGCAAUGAUAGUGAUAGGACUCUUGUUCUUCAUUGCUGGAGUGGGAAUUUCUGUUGUAGUGGUAAUACUACUCUCCCAGAGAACUACAAAAGGCACUGCCUGGUGUUUUCCAACAUUGUUCCUUGUGAUAGUUAUUCCUGUUCUAGAGACUGUUCUAUGGCUUGCAUUCCUUGGAUACGUGGUUGCAAAUGAUUUCUCAGAGGAUGAUGGAUAUGUGAGAGGAGAUGACUCCUUGUGUAGGUCUCCCAGUGGAACAGUGGGUGUUAGAGAUGGUCUGCUGAUAGCUUCCUUUGUCCUCUCACUUCUGGUCCUGAGUGGGUGGCUCGUCUGUCUCACUACUGUCAAGUGUGCUAACCCUCCCUCAUCUCAGGGAGAAUCACGGAAGCAAAGAAGGCGACUUAUCUGUUGCCGAAAGAGUGACAUUACUGUAAGAGCUGACACGUGUGAUGGAUCACUGACUGGAGAGAUUGCAAUGAACACAGCAAAUUUAAGAGUUUGUGAUCCAAAUGAUUUGCUGGUACCCGGCGUUAAUUGGACUCCAGAGGCAAAUUUUACCAAUGGUGUGGGUAACUACUCAUUCUCUGGAGGGAAUGUUACAUUUGAUGGAGUGUCUCUGGGAUCUAUUGCUACCUACACCACCACUAAUGCACACUAUCAUAUCAAUGGAAGUGACACCAGGAGAUGUCUGAAUAAUGGUAGCUGGACACCAUCAACAGAGAUUAUUGAAAGUGAUGUCUACAUCAGAGAGGAAAUGAUCAUUAUUUACUCCAUGUUUGUAUUUCUUCCAGUUUGUUUAGCGGGUGAUCUACUGUCAUGUAACAACCCAGCUUUCCCGGCUAAUAACACUAUAUGCUGUAAUGGUGACACUCUGUGUUCAACAUACACUGGGCUUGCCAAUGGAAGUACUGCAAACUACACUACUUCUCAAGACUAUUGCAUCUUGAGUGAUUCACCAGUACUAAGAUCAUGUGUUAACAUGUCAUGGAGUGGAGAGACACCUACUGAAGCAAAAGCCUCUCAGCCAGGAAAGUUGAGUACUUCAAACGUUGCAAUGAUAGUGAUAGGACUCUUGUUCUUCAUUGCUGGAGUGGGAAUUUCUGUUGUAGUGGUAAUACUACUCUCCCAGAGAACUACAAAAGAUUUCUCAGAGGAUGAUGGAUAUGUGAGAGGAGAUGACUCCUUGUGUCAGACUCCCAGUGGAACAGUGAGUGUUAGAGAUGGUCUACUGAUAGCUUCCUUUGUCCUCUCACUUCUGGUCCUGAGUGGGUGGCUCGUCUGUCCCAUUACUGUCAAAGAAUCACGGAAGCAAAGAAAGCGACUUAUGUGUUGCCGAAAGCAGAACAAUCAGGAGGGCCAGAGUACAGUAACAGUGGUGAUAGAGGAUGGAGUGGGGUCUAGAGUGAGGGAGAGAGUGGGAGCUGUCAACUGUAGCUCCAUUCGAUGCAGCCACACAUACUACCCAGCAGCCAGCAGUAGAGGAGAGUUUGGAGUGUCUGUGGAGACUGCUGGCUGUGUGACUAGACAGACAGUGUGUCUGGAGAGACCAGUCUAUUGUUCAUUGAGGGACUUGUCUCCCUCUCUGGUUGAGGAGAACAGAGUGUGUGGGUCAGUGAGUGGUGGUGGGGUGUGUUACAGUGGAGACAGUGUAGGAUCAGUGGCAGUCUACUUCUGUGAUGAUGGCUAUAGUCUAGAGGGAGACACUACCAGAGAAUGUCUCUCUAGUGGCCUCUGGAAUGGUACCACUCCUCAAUGUGUGGAGAUAAUCAAUGGUUGUAUUACACCUCAAAAGUAA